GAUAUAAAUACUCUCCACUCCAUAAUGCACACCAACCCCGGGGGGGAGAGAUCAUAACCACCACUGUAGAAGAUUAAAAUUAUUAACAACAUGUGGUUUUCUGUGACUGUGCUCCUGCUGGCUGCAUCGGCAUGUCUGCCAGAUGUUUCAGCCUCCAGGGUGGCAUUACACCGUCCCAAACGAAUGACUGGGGGAACCCUGGCUCCUUAUGUCCCCUGGCAGGCCAUGAUCUACCUCAGUGAAACUGUGCUGGAUGGAGGCUAUGCAGGCGGUGCUCUCAUAUCUGAUCGCUGGAUUUUGACAGCUGGCAGAAACCUGUUUGUCAGGAAGCGUAAAUCAGACAUUCAGGGAAAAGCUCCUGUCAUUCCUAAAGUGUACCUGGGAAUCGUUGGACUGCCACAAGCUAACGCCUCCACAGAGGUCGCUGUAGAGAAGGUUGUUCUCCAUCCACACUUCCAGAACUACUCCGACUGGGACAACGACCUGGCUCUGAUCCAGCUGAAGGAGCCUGUGGUGAUGAGCGAUAAAGUGACCCCCAUCCCCCUUCCAGAGAGAGGCCAGGACCUGGCAGAUGCCGUGGGAGGGUCAGGGGUUAUCACCGGCUGGGGCUGGGGGUUCACUCUCACCCUAGCUACAUCACUCAGACACCUCAUACUCCCUCUGGCCGGAAACACUUACUGUAGGGCAGAAUAUGGACAUACCAUGCCAUCGCUCACACCAAUUGUAGACGACAACAUGUUCUGCACCGGACAAACGAUGUUACAGGAAAAUGUUUGUUAUGGUGAUGCAGGAGGCGCUCUGGCUGUUACAGAUGCUGAAACUGGGGACAUCUACGCUGCGGGGAUCCUUUCUUAUGACAAGUGCUGCACCAGGGACAAGCAUGCAGUCUAUAUGAAGAUUUCCUCCUACUUGCCCUGGAUCCACAGUGUCCUCAGAGGAGAUACAGAGAGAUCGUCUGAUCUGCGCGCUGAAGUAAUGUCUAAGAUGCGCUCAUGGCAGUCGUAGAGCUGCGGGCUCUGUUGUUUUUAUUUUGUAGAAAGAUCAGUGUAAUGCACUGAAUGAGUAAAUGCUCACAGUAUAACCAUUGUCACUUAAAUGUUAUCUAAAAAGGAAAAAAAUAAAUACAUAAAUCCAG